UUUAGCGCUUUUCGGGCCCAGUUUAGCAUCAAAACACUCGUGCAUUUGACUCGUUUUUCUUUUAAAUCAUGUAUUGUAAACUUUAAAUCAGCAAUGCGACAUAUGGAUUGAAUAAAUAUAAUGGCGUAAACGUGAGACCGGGGCUUCUGGAGAUGCACAGACCCGGUGCUUAGGGAUCGUCUUGAAAGGUGGUAUCUGUGACAUUUGAAGGAUGUCCACAGCAGAGAGCCAUGCACAGCGGGUCCUGUCUGUCCUGAACCAACAGAGGGCACUUGGUAAGCUAUGUGACGCGGCUCUGAGCGCUCGUGAGGGGCUCGUCCGUCUGGCGCACAGGAACAUCCUCGCCUGCUUCAGUGACAUGUUCCAGGACAUCGCACAGGACUCUGUGGUGGUCACUCUGACAGACUGUCCAGAUGAGGGACUGGAGCUUCUGCUGGACUUCAUUUACACAGGAGAGCUCCCACUGGACCAUAAUAACUGCCAUGUGGUACAACUGGCAGCCACUAGCCUCUGUGUCCAGGACGUCAUCUCAAUGUGCCAACAGUUCAACAACCCCAUCGAAGAGACUGUGAAACGCAAAAGAGGCAGGCCCAAAAAGAACACAACAACUACUAAUAAUGAAGUUUUUGAGAAGGAAAAUCUACCUAUUGCUAAAACAGAUGAGGAGAAUCUUGGAAAUAAAGAAGACAGUAAAGUUGCCACGACAACUCGAUCUGGUCGGGUGGUGAACUGCCCUAAAAGACUUGAGACAGAAGCACCUACUCACGAGCAAAAUCAAGAAGUUCUGGUUUUAAUUGAGGAGGUGGCGACGCCAAAUCUUGAACAAGCAGCUGCUGAAUGUGAGCCCCCUAGUGGGCAGUCUGAUCCAGAUUACACGGCUCCUCUUGAAGACGAAGGGGACGACCCGGACUUUGAAGAAUUUGUUGAAAACUCUCUUGAUUCUUGGGAUCAUAAUGACUCUGAGACUCCUGCUCCAACACCAGAGAAAAAGAGGAGGAAAUCACAAACUAAAGCUGCCAUAAACAAGAAUGGAGAAAGCGGAGAUGGAGGAGAGAAAGAAGGAGAGAAUGGACAAGAAGGAGGAGAGACAGGAGAAGGAGGAGAAGGAGGAGAGGGAGGAAGAGUUCCAUGUCCCAUUUGUAAUAAGAGUUUCAAGAGCAAGUACUACCUUAAAGUUCACAACAGGCGGCACACAGGAGAAAAGCCUUUUGCUUGUGAAAAAUGUGGAAAAAAAUAUUUCCGAAAAGAAAACCUACAGGAGCACGAAGCCCGAAACUGUGCUGUCACUGCACAGGUGCACAAAUGCCUGAAGUGUUGUGAAACAUUUUCUCGAAAAUCCCAGCUGACUUCACACAUGGUGACUCACACUGGAGAGAUGCCCUAUGAGUGUUCCAUCUGUUCAGAGCAGUUUAUGCUGAAGAAACACCUGAACCACCACAUGAUGAGACUUCAUGGUUUUCCAAAGCCACAUGCAUGCCCCGAGUGUGAUAAGUCCUUCAUGUCGAAGAGUGAGCUGAGGAUCCAUGACUCGUCCAAACACAAAGGAGAGAAGCCGUUUGUGUGUGAGGAGUGUGGACACAGAGCCACCAGCAGGAACGGACUCAGGAUGCACAUCAAGGCUAUUCACAGACAUGACAAGCCUUUCGUGUGCUCUGAAUGUGGCCGUGCGUUUACACAGAAGAACAACCUGAACAUCCACAUGCUGGUGCAUUCAGGAGAGAGACCAUUUCAGUGUCAUGUGUGUGGAAAAACAUUCAGGACGCAAGGCACUCUGGACAAGCACUCGCGCACACACACAGGGGAGCGGCCCUACAGCUGUGAGGUGUGUGAGCAGCGCUUCACUGAGAAAGGGGCCAUGCUCCGACACAUGGAGAGUAAACACCAAGAGGGACGCCCACACCCCUGUAACAUCUGUGGAAGAACGUUUAAAGCUCGAGAACAGCUGCGAGUUCAUUUGAAUCGGCACAAGGGUGUGAGAAAGUUUGAGUGCAUAGAUUGUGGCUACAAGUUCACCCGACAGGCCCAUUUGCGUCGUCACACUCUGGUGCACAAACGAACCGAGAACUACAACCCGAAGGAGAGGAAAUUCAGAAACAUCAUAGUGGACGACUUGGACAAUACUUACGACGCAAACACUUCUGCUCAAAUAGUCCAAGAUUUACUCAAAAAGAAGUCAAAACCUGCAAAAAAGCCUCAGAAAUUACCUAAAAAGACUAAAACAGCGAAGAAAAAAACUACCAAAGACAGUAUUGAGGACUUGAGUGACCAUUUGUUUAGCGACACGAGUUCAGAUUCAGAUUAUGAGGAAGGAGCGGAAGAACUGAAAACCAAAAAGAGAAAGAAGACAGAAAAAGUGGAAAAGAUGGAGGGUUUAGAGAGCACUGUGGACAUGUCGGACAUAGCAGAAGAGAUGACGCAAAGCAAGGAUGAAUAAUAAAGAUACUAAUAUUUUGCAGGGAGUCACGCUGGGGGUGUUCUGCAUGUACCUUUAAUGGUUGAAUGUUAAGGAGUUACCAUGGUGACACUGUGCCAUUAGCAAACACAACCAAAAGUGUUAGUCUGAGAACGCAAGAAAAACUACAAAAUGGAUUUUAACAAAACAUUUAAUCAAUUCAAGCAUUCACUGUCACAGUUAAGUGUUUGAUUUUCAACAAAAAAGGUGAGAGUGACUAACUGAAAACCUGUUGGCUGCGAGUGACUGUAGUUUUAUUUGAGAGGCACUUGUUUACUAGCCUGAUUCAUCAGUCAUCAUCAGAGUUUGCUCGACGGUAGACAGAUACUUUUUUUAUUUAACCAAUCGCUGCUAUUUGAUCAUGAUGUAUGUAAUGCGCCAAAUCCUGUAGGAAAAAAGGACAAUAACGUCUUUCCCUUUUAUAAAAUUCACCAAACAUUCUCUUUGUUCUGGCUUUAAAUUCUCGAUCUCGGAAUCGAUGCCAACACAGAAUGUCUGUCUUCGUCUACAUCCAUCUCGAACUCUUUGUUUACUGUUGUGCUGUUCCAGAAACGGACCCAGACAGGCGCAACGAGUUUGACGUCAUGGCUUCACAGCUCUUCACUGAUUGGCUGGUGCGUGGUCUGUAACAUCCUGGGUUCGUGCAAACCGUCUAAUGUAUUCCGAUUCCUGACCUAACCGCUGGAGAGAAAUUAAAUUGAGUGGAGGCACUACAUGGCGCCAGCCUGACUACUUGUUUACAGCACGCAUCAACUCACCUACUGUAGAUCCAGCUAAGCAUCACACUCCCAGGUAAUGUGGAUGCCAUGCCAGUUCCUAACAGUCCAAUCACAGCUAAUUUGUAUCACCCCAUCUCGACUUGAAAAUUCUCAUAUCAUUCAGAACAAAAUCUAAAUCUUCUUUUACCUGACAUUUUUAUACAGCAGUUUUUCACCUUCAAGGCACUAAAAGUGCUUUACAACAAACUCACCCAGGUACACUCACAUACACCAGUGUACACAGACACUGGGGGGCGAGGUGGGUUAAUUGUCUUGCCCAAGGACACAACGACACUAUUCAUCCGUGGGACCUGGAAUCAGAAAGGGCUAGUGGAUCUGACUACUCAUCUAAUGAUGUUUACUGUAUGUCGAGAGUGGGAUUGGAACUGCCAGCCUUCCAAAUAGUAAACAAACGCUCUGAGCUACUGCUGCCCCAAUAAAAAUAACAGUGUAGUGCUUUUGAUUUGCCAGUUCUCUGCCACAUUAUUAUUCUUAUAUUUUAUUUUUUUACUUGUAAGUUUGUUUUGACAUGAAUGGGGCAUGUGUUUCUGUGAUUGGUUAGUCCAUGUGUCAAUCAUGCAUAACUCGUAACAUGGAGGAGACAGAAUAAGGUUCCAGAUAAUAGACUCUGUAUAUAACUGGACAUAGCCGCCUCGUUCCAAAUAGGAAGUGAGCAUGGAGGUGUUUCCGGCUCCAUCGACUCCAGCUCCAAUCCACUUUGUAUUAAAAACGUCACCCCUCUCGCUGUAACUUCAUCAUUUCUUCUAACUUCAAAAUGUCCGCAUUAACCCUCUCUGCAUGAUCCUUGUGUUUUAAUUUUACCAGCAAAUCAAGUCCUAUUCUGAAUAUGGAACUCGGCUCCGAUUUCGCUCAUAUAACUGCUACUUUCUGUGAGCUUCAUUUGACUGGAGCCGAAUGUUAUGGGUGACACCACACUCUCUUAUUCCACUUCUUUAUACCGUCUAUGUUCCAGAAAUAUUCAAAUGUAAUAUGCACAGAUGUUGACCCUUAUCAUUAUUUGUUUGGGAUUAGCUCCGCAAACUUGCCAUAUUGUGUUACAGUGUCAUUUUUAUUUAAUUGGCCCUCGCCACUAACAAAGUUAGGGGCGAGGGGUAUUGUUUGUUAGUGGCGAGGGGUAUUGUUCUUCGUCGGUUUCUUUUUUAUUCCCUUUUCCGACCAAACGAUCGCAUUUUUGACCCCCUGAACAUGGACGAAAAGUCCCCAAACCGGGGUCCAGAUCGAUCGGCCCGGCGAAAAAUUCGAUAAAAUGGGCAUCGCAACAAUGACCCGAGUGACCCGACUCAACAGCGCCACCUAGAAUUCGACCCCUAUGGGAGUGGGGACAGGCAAAGUUUGUCGCAGGGAAACGAAAUUCGGAACAGUGAUAGAGAACAAUGAGACAAGCCAAAAGAUGAAUUGGAGCAUGACCCUAUGAUGAACAGGAAGUCGGCCAUAUUGGAUCAAACAUUCGGCGCCGUUUUGACUUGGGGGUCUACAAAAAGAUUCAAGUCCCCGGGGUUUGGUCCAAAUGAGCUCAGAUUUGACAUGUCACAUCUACAGACAUGAACUCACAGAAGUUGCCAAAUUUUUUUGGGAUACUCCUUACGGUUUGCCCGUAGCACACCGGCGAACAACGCCUUCAUUUCCUGUUUUUUCGGUGACCUGUCACGGCCACAGGCAUUGUCCUAGAGAACUCAAAUUCUAAUCACAAUUGCGUGAUCCAGACCUGAAUGUAAUGAAAAAUGAAAUUUAAUAAAAGUGAACUCUAUAGCGCCCCCUAGCAUAGACAUGAAACGUCAACAUUAUUGGAUUUGUACCAAAUUCGGGAAUUAAAUUCUGCCCAUGAUUACAAGCAAAAAAGUUUAUUACAGACAUGAUGCAUUUUCCACCAUUGGCCAGCAGGGGCGCAAAG